AGGGAACUAAAUAACUUCCUCCAUGGAUGCAGUAUUGGCGAGCGUUGCAGUGCUGUUUGUCGUCGGCGGACUGCCGGCCAAGGGAAAUGAACCUGAAAAUUCGACUACAUCCAGAAGUAAAAUCCCUGUGGGUUUCUAUCUAUCAACAAGUGAUAUUCAUGCAAAACAUGUCAAAAUUUUAGAGAUGAAAAACGUUAGCUUUACUGGAAGAGAACUAGGUGCUUCUGAAAUAUCACAUUUAUCUGUUGACGAGAAGUGUUCCAGGGGCCUGCCACUGUCUGCAGCCUGGCAGUAUUACGGCCCUUAUGUGAGGCCAGGAAUGCGGGAUGGAAAAGUUGCCGUUGAAGGCAUUUUUCCUCACAUUAUCAACAAAAUGCUCCAUGUCUGCUGUAACAGCUCAACGACAGUGAAAUACGGAAAGAUUUUUGACUCUAUUCGUGGUCUAGAAGGACAGCUAAAUCAACCCGAGACGGCUUACGACUUUAGCUUUCCAGUCACUGGAAAAAGCCUUGGAGAUGAGUCGUUUAAGGACUUGCCUUACAUACCAAUUGUACAAGCUCCACGAGUAGCACUGCUUGUUCGUGACAAGACAGAAAACACCAAGACGGCGCAGCUGAUGAACACGGUUUUCAAGGCCUGGCCGAUCCUCAUCUUUAUUCUCGUCGCUGCUACUCUGUCUGGUAUUAUUAUCUGGUUAUUGGUAAGUGUCUAAAUUUAUGGAAAAUCUUAAGCUAAAAUCUAAUUCUUAAUCGUUGAAGAAGUAUGAAAAAAAAAAUCUAUUUUCUUUCCACAAUGUCUUCUGUGGUCGACAGAAACCGAUCCGGGAAAUGGCAACGGAAAAAAUCAACAACAAAAACAGAACAAAAACCGUACCAGACUCCUUCUCAGGCUUCUCUUCUUGAUAUAUAUAAACUCAAACUGUAUAGCUACGCGGGUAAACGUCGAUAAUUGCACAUUUAAAGCUACAGUUCACCCUUACAAUCAGUCCUUAUGUUCAAACUGUACAUAUUUUCACAAGAAAAACGUACACAUCAUUUGAAAAAUAAAUAUCUUUUAUUCUCUUCUAUGCCAAGGACAGCUUUUGAUUUUAUUUUUUCCACUGAUCGAUCAUGAAUCAAUAUGAACGUACUCGAUAUGCAGCGCUAGUAAAUGUCGUUAUUUCCUGUUCAAACUUGUAUUAAGGCGAGUUAAGGGUCGGUGGUUUAUUGUGCUUUAGUCCAGUGGGACUCGCUUAUCUAAGUGGGUACGGUGAUCAAACCUCAUCAAUCUUCAUAACUUCUCUGAUUAUACUGUUUUGACUGCUCAAAAGAAGAUGUCAAUUGAAAGGCUAGAUUUCAAACCUCAAACUUCUCGAAUGAAUAGCACUAUUAACAAAAUAUAUUAGAACCUCGAACUAAAAACUGCACUUCAAUGUCAAAUAGCUGUAAGUGAUUUUGGGGUAAAUGAUGGGAAACGGAAAAUUUUAGACCCUUCACGACAAAAGCCGGUUUUUUCCUUGGACUGUCAUGAAGAAGAAGUUGUUAUUACUGUCCUCAAAAACGGGUUUUAAGAGAACAACAGUAAGACCAGAGGUUUACAUUUUACCGCCGGCAUUGACCCAGCUACUAGAAAAAUCAUUGUCAGUGGCUUUAUCAGUGAGAAUGACAUAGUGACAUAUCAUGUUUUGCAAUUUCUCCGUCAAAGUUCAAUUUGUUAGAUUUUUUUUACCAUGAACACGUUACGACCAAAGCCAACUUUUAGGAUCAUUAUAUUUUGUUUGUCGGAUCAGAAUGUACAACAGUUUUUUUUUCUUCUUUCUUUCUUUUCUUUUUUAUUGUCCCCCCGACUCGGCGUUGUUUUCUUUUUUGGCCGAUUUAAAAAUUAAAAGUGCCUCGAUUAUCUCAUCUGCUUUAUUAUUUCUUGAGCGCCUGUGGAGUCGGUCUUCUGAAAGAGAUUUAGUUGCAUUGAUUCCAUAAAAUAAAACGAUUUUUGGUAAUUACCGGUUAUAUAUAUGUAUUUUUUCUGGGGAGAUGCAUGGUGAUUCAGGUUUUUGGAUUGACGGUCAUUUGUAGUCAAAACUGACUAGUGAAUAGGUCGGAAAUAAAGUUACUUCUUUGAGCGAUUAACUUUAUCAAUAUUUCACAGCACGAUUCGGGCAAUCCAAUCAGAUAAUCAGUUUUGAUUGGUGGGAUUUUAAUGGAAUUGGAAGAUUCUUAGCCAUUAGGCGUAAUUGCAUUGUUACUAAGUGACUAGAAUUUUUGCAAAUUGAAGGAUUUCAUUCAAAUUAUAUGUUAUCAAGUGGCGUGAAUUCGUUUUUAAAGUAAAGAGGAGCGCUCAGCAGUUGUGAUGAGCCUCGUUGAUUUUUGUUAUACAGGACCGUCUUAAGAACCCGGAUGAGUUUCCGAGACCUUUCAUCAAUGGAACAUGGGAAGGCUUUUGGUGGGCGUUCGUUACUAUGACAACAGUAGGGUGAGUGAGUACUUCCCGAUUACGAAAGACUAAGCCUUUUCUUAUAUUCUCUUUGUAAUUGAAAUCAGGGCUUGAAAAAUCGCUUUGUCUUGUCGUCUAUUUCACUAGAAUGUUAGUAAGUUGCGAUUAAUAGGGAACUUAAGAACCACGACGAAGUUCACGACGACGACGUCUGUUGAUUGGGACAAGACUGGAACGAGAACGUCAGUUUCGGCGGGAAAAAGGAUACUUAAGAUGCAGUCGGCCGGUAGGUCGACGACGACGCCACUGAAUGUAAACACAAAUGUAAAACUGUGAUGUUCGUUUACAACAAAGUUUUCGGCAAUGGCGUCUUUUAAAACAAAGUCGUACGUCUAAUUUCAUUGACGAUGAAUAAUUUUUUGCGUUGUCUGACCUUUUCGAGUGGAAAAACACCUGCUUUCCUUACGACGAUUAUUCAACUUUCAACCUGAGUGAGAUGACCGAGUCCGAGCGUCUGUUAGAGUAAUAGAGUUGGAGAAAGAGACAUUCUGAUGUGAUAACUGUUUUCCAUGUAAAGUUUAUUUCCUCUGUAUUAAAGAUAUGAUUUGCCUUACCGAGUAAAUACGUACAAAUAAAUUUAUCACUUACGAGUUCGCUCACUCGGCCUCCACAGCUUUUGUCAUUCUUCGAAGUAAAAACAAUUCAUUAGUCGAAUUUUCAAUCAACAUCGCUUGGUAGGAGAAAAAAGGAACGAUAUCUGGAUUUACGAGGAUAAGAAAAUGCACAGGACUUCAAAAAUCGCCUACAGUGGAUUUAUGCCUGCCGAAGCUUGUGGAUUGCAGGACGACGUGAUUCUACUUUGUUUGGCGUCGUCGACGACACCACGACGAUGAAAUUUACUGGUCGCGCUUGCGCAGUACACUGUAAGUCACUUCCGGUCGUCGUCGACAAAGUCGUCGUCGUGGAUCUUAAUUUCCCUAAUUAACAUACCACCCACUUACUUCUAGUGUUUAAACAGAUAAAAACUGUUCUUGAGUCUAAAUGUUUUGAAAUUUCUGUUCAUAAAAGUACUGUAGCUUAUACUUGAUUGAAACGCGCCACUGAUUACACAUUAUUCAAUUAUCUUUGCAGCAACAUUUAGUCUAAAAUCUCCAUAAUGUUUACUUGGUUGCAGAUAUGGUGACCGCGCACCUAAGUCGUUCUUAGCGCGUAUUUUUUGUAUCUUAUGGAUCCUGGUUGGAAUCAUCAUCAUUGCUAUAUUUACUGCAAUCGUAACAGCCUCGUUAUCAGCAAGUAUUCAGCAUCACUUCACUGUGCAUGGCUCUGUGGUAGGUUCUGACAUUAGGCUGAGAAAACGGCUGACAUUUCGCAAAGCCACCAGAACGGUUUUCACCGGCUAUGACGUCUGAGGAACGAGCGCAGAAAAUUUCAUACUGAAGUUGUGUCACUACCCUGAUAUGGUUUCGUUUGGAAACCGUUGGUGGAGUAUUUCCAAAGCCCUGAAUUCCAGAUUCCACAAGCGAAAAUUUCCCGGAUUUUGGAAUCCGAAAUACUUAAUAUUUAAUUGGCAUGCAAGUUCAAAGUUUCAAUUGAGUAAAAAAUAACCCGGUCUCAAAAUAUGCUCGAUUUUAAUAUAUUUCUUGCCCUAUUAUUCCCGUUCUCUUUUAUUCAAUGCAAAGCUUAUUUAUGUCUUCAUUCAAUGUCAGAUCGGGGCAGUAAGUGCCAGCGAAGAGUUUCGACUCGGAGUCAGUUUGAACGCGGAUUUGAAACGUAAGUUUGAAAAUUUGUGUGUUUAGUUUUGAAGCUUCUACUUGGAACGUUUAUUUUUGGGAAAGUGAUUAAAAAGGCGCAAACGGGAGAAGUGAGAAUUAAAGCAGUCGCAAGGCAAAUGAAAACAAAACACUGCUAACACUCUCGGAUACGAAAAUGAAGAGCCAUAACCGAUUACCUGGUGACCCUGUGAAGGUCCCUCUGGAAAAUUCGGGUUAAGGUAUGCUGCGCAUGCUCCCUCAUACCUUUACCAUAUAUCAGGAGAAAAAAGAUAAAAGCAACAGCAUACCCAGAACGUAGCUAUAGAGCGUCAUCUCAUGACGUCAAGUCGGCCAUAUUGGUUUUCUGAAACAAUGAAACGGCGGCGGCCAUGAUGGUGUUUCAAACAAAUCCUGUGGGGGUUGAACACUUUUCUUAUGUAAACAAUUUCUUUUGUUCGCACAAAUUUGCAUAGAUGCUGGCCACGCGAGUGAAAACGCUCUCUACCUUAUUUCACUCUCAAAAUCUAUACCCAAUUCCACACCAAAGGGGUUACAAACCACAGUCUUUGGCGCCGCACAUACUUGUAUCGUUUAUACAGUGCAUGCAGUCCUGGCAAGAAUGCGAGGUAUUGCUCAUCAGUUAUCAGUUACCGUAGGGGAUUGCACGGGUAAUCAGAAUUAGACUCAUUUGAAAGCUGCUAUAAUUCCUGUUUAAACUACUCAAUUUUAUUUCUUUGUAGCAUACCUUUCCAUACCAAAGAUGAAUGAGGAUCUAAUGACUGACAAAUUGAAAGGCUCUUUGAUUGACAACUACGUUUUGACGUACUACAGUGACUUUGUAAAAGAAAACGAUGUUAGAAUAGAGACUACAUUUGAGCACGCUAUUACCUAUGGCCUUUCUAUUCGCUCUAAUGCCUCAUCGAACAUGUUGGCUUGCUUCAGACGCUAUGUGCGUAAUCAUCCCCAGGAAGCCUUUGAAAUUAUUGCUCAGAAUCUGGAGCCGCUCAAGGUGAGAUGUCUUGUUCAGUUAUUUUAAGGCUGCAAGCGAGUCUGGGCCGAUGCUGACGGUUGACGGUUUAGCCCAUUGUGACCCUCUGUUUCUGGAUUAUUUAAAAAUUAAAAACGCCACCUAAUCUAAGUAGAUGAAAUGCAACUAUGACGAACUUUUCAAUACGCGAACGGUGUUUCAGUCAGAUUUUAGAUUUUUGAACAAGAAAGAUAUGUAUCCUUUUCGGGAAGAUAGGAUAUGCUUUGGGUGUUAUAAUUGUUCAAUCAUGAUGUCAGAGAUAAUUGUUUAUUUCAAUUUACCUUAAAACUCCGAAAAUAAGCCCCUCCAUGUAUAAGCCCCUCCAAAUAUAAGCCCCUCGGGGGCUUGUACUUUAAAAAUUGCCCUCAAAUACAAAGUAAAACAAAGCAAAAAUGGUAAAUUUACUUCCAACUAUAAGGCUAGCCCAAUCGAUUUUGAAACGUAAAUUUCCCUCAGUAGAUAAGCCCCUCAAAAAGGGCCCUUGAAAAAUAUAAGCCCCAGGGCCUUUUUCGGAAUUUUGCGGUAUGUAUUUAUUUAUUUACUUUAUUUUUGCGAAUUUUACGCGGUUAGAACCCUACAGAUGAAGUGAGUCAGGAGGUGAAAGCAUCUGAAGGAUUGUUCUUUUACAGAGAAAGAGAAUUCAAAAAAGUUCUGUUCAUUCUGUUGGGCGUGCUAGGAUUUCUUCUGUUUGUCGGAGGAGCCUGGGAAUUGUGUUACAAUCGGCCAAGGAGACGUAAGCAAUUGAAUUGAAUUAAUUUACUCCAAUCAGCGUGCGCAAAUAUAACGCUUUGAAAAAUGCCAUAAUAUUCUCGCAUAAGUAAAAUUAGAUGAAGCGGAUUCUUUCCAGUCUUCUUUGUUGGAAUAGCUCACUGGAAUUCAGAGUAGGGAGAUAGUAGCUUCUUUUCAGCUGAGGAAUCUUUAAAAGUCAAGAUCCCGUAACUUAAAAGCCUAUUAAAGCCGUGUUCUCAAACACGUCGAACGAAUGGUUCUGAACAGAAUAAACACAGUAUCUGGCAAUCCUUGCCUAAUGAUUACAUGCAAAUAACGCGAGCACAGCUGCGCUAGGAUGCAAAUUUUACUGGCUAUGCACAACACUUGCAGUUUGAACAGACAAGUUUACAUGAUGCACCACCAAACGUAACCCUGUACGAGAGGCUUAUUUAGAGAUCUUUAUUUCCAUGAGUGUAUAAAGAGGAAUGAUUAGAUAAAAACUUCCUUCAUCGCUUUAAUUUUUGUUAGUUAAUGAAGAAACAUCACCCUUUGAACCUACUGGCAACAAGAAGUUCCCAUGAAAAGCACCCACCGUACCAACAAAAUUCUGGAUUAACUUAGAGAAAUUUCUCUCUUGGAGUUUUUGUGAAACCAGCCCAUGUUCGUGAUAUAUAUUUAAAUUGUCAGUUUUCUUUUGCGUUGACUCCCAGAUGAGUGCAUCGUCAAAUAUUUCUGGCAGGUUAACUGGUUCCAAAAUGGUGACGAAACAUAACUUCAUAGAGCAUUCAAAGUUUGCUUUCUGAAUGUUUCCUUUUUUGUAGGACAAAGGAAGGAAAAAGAAAAUGAUGGCGCGUUAAUCUCACUGACGCCAGCACAAAACAAAUGCGACUGCCAUGAAAUGCUACUGAGCCAUCAAACAAUCCAAAGUAUCAAAUACAAAUCCGCAAAAAUCAAAGAACUCAUCCGCGAGUACGAAGAAUUCUACGACGAAUGGCUACAACGAGUCCGCGCAGUGGAGCAUAAUGAAAAUGGUAUCACACCACAAAUGGUGUGA